AUGGUCCCGGCACCACCAUCGCCGGUGUGGGUCCAGGAGGAUCCACCGUACCCGCCGCGCUACCGCAUCAAGCCAGACAACAGUGUCGACGGUACCUUGGGCACGAAGGUCCUCGUAUUCGAGGAGGAGCAGGUGGCGUGGCAGUGGGUGUGGUACGACCGGUGCAACGCCGUCCGCCGCACCUCGUUCGCCAAGACCGACAAGGUGCCGCACCCAUUGUACAAGCCAACAAAGAGCAAGAUUGUGCCCUGUGCAGACUCACUCUGUACUACACUGCUCAGCUCACAGAUUCCUAACAACAAGCAGUGCCCCUCACCACACCAAUGCGACUACAAAAUCAAGUACACGGACAGCUCGUCUUCUCGCGGUGUGCUCGUUACCGACAGCUUCGGCCUAACCCUACGGAAUUCAUCCCGUGUUAGUCGCAGCCUCACCUUUGGCUGUGGCUAUGACCAGCAGGUGGGAAAGAAUGGGGCAGUGCAGGCAGCGACAGAUGGCUUGCUUGGGCUUGGGAGGGGAUCAGUUAGCUUGGUCUCGCAGCUCAAGCAGCAAGGCAUCACCAAGAAUGUACUUGCCCAUUGCCUCAGUACGAACGGAGGAGGGUUCCUCUACUUUGGGGAUGAUAUCGUGUCUACCUCACGCGCAAUGUGGGUGCCGAUGGCUCGUAGCACAUCUGGGAAUUACUACUCACCUGGCUCAGGAACACUUUACUUCGAUAAACACCCACUAGGAGUGAAGCCAACGGAGGUGGUAUUUGAUAGCGGUAGCACCUAUACGUACUUUGCUGCCCAGCCAUACCAAGCGACUGUUUCUGCGAUCCAAGCUGGUCUCAGCAAGUCACUUACGAAGGUGUCUGACCCCAGUCUACCUCUUUGCUGGAAAGGGCAGAAAGUGUUUAAAUCUGUGUCUGACAUCAAGAAGGAGUUCAAAUCACUCUUCCUGAUGUUUUCGAAGAAUACAGCCAUGGAGAUCGCUCCCGAAAACUACCUCAUUGUUACCAAAAAUGGAAAUGUGUGCUUGGGCAUUCUUGACGGGUCGGUGGCCAAACUUAAUUUCAACAUAAUUGGAGAUAUCACAAUGCAGGAUCAGUUGGUAAUUUAUGACAAUGAGAAAGGGAAACUUGGAUGGAUCCGUGGAUCAUGCAGUAGGGGCACUAAGUAUAUUAUAUCUUCAUUUACAUGGUAUUUGCUUAUAAUCCAACUUUUAGCCCAUCCGUUAAAAAGCUGGAUAUAUCAUUAUUGAUGGAACUAGCCAACUGGAGGAAGCUACUAUUGGCUUGAAAACCCUGAGAUAUUGACACUCUCGGAACUGAAGAGAGUUCAAGCUAUUGCAAUCCACAGAAUAGGCAAUAGGCGGAUAAAAAUUACAGUAACAUGGCUGGGUAAACUGGACGAUGUAAGUGGAGAAGGAUGACCAUGCCAUAUCACAUUGGCGGAAAGUAAUAUAUUAACCAGUAUGCUUCUCC